CCCGUCGCGAUAAAAACAAGGCCGAUUUUUCGGGAUUUCUAUACGUUAUCACCUUUUUUUAUCAGUUGUUUCCUUUUAUUUUCCUGCCAUUUUACUCCCGGUGCAUGAUGAGCACGAGGGGUUAAAGGGGCACCCUUUCUUCGCUACACGGACUGUACGGGGUUGUUCCAGAUCGGUGUGUUCGGUGAAAGUGCCGUGGUUCUGGCUGAUGAGAAAGGAUUUUUGAAGAUUUCCCCCCCUCCUGUGUGACUGCUGUGGCUACCCUUUGGAUAACCGGACCCCUUGGCCUCAAACAGAAUGUCCUUCAAGGAGCUCGUAGAACCGGAAUGUGGUGGAGCGAAUCCGCUGAUGAACCUGGGACGGCAGGUUCGACGGGAUGUUGCCUUCCAGGACGAAGGCUUGGCCGGGGGCCGGAGCGCGUUCGCACCCGGUACCGAUCGGGAGCUGGUGAACGAGUUCAUGGGCCAGAUUGCACCGGCACCGCAAUCCUUCCGCAUGGACGUGCUGCUGAAGGAGAUGCGCGAAAUCGAUGCACAGAACUUUCACCGUCAACAGCAGAUCGUACCGGGACCAGGGGUGAUUGAUACCGUGGCAAGCGGAUCGGGACCGUGGGUGGAAGAGUUUGGUGCUGGAGCUAGCGGUAGUACGUUGCGACCUGGCGAGAGUAAACUUUCGAGUGUCUGGUCACAAUCACAGUUGAUGCCAAUUCAGGGAACAGCAAAUGCGGGACCGAACAAAAUACUUUAUACGCGAGACUUUUUCGAUGCCCACGCACCAACGAAUGAGCUGGAACGUAACUCCAUCCGCCAGGCAGCGGGAGAAAUGGCCGAGGUAGCCUUCGGUCACCGUUCGGAGCGAUUGCAUGCGAGCGAGUUUGUACGCUUCAUGCGCAACGUGGGAACAGGCGAUGUUCGGAUUCACGGUGGUCAAGUAUCGAGCAGCGUCUGGGAGAAUCGGUUUGAUGAGCUGGAAGCGAGCUCUUCUUCGAAGGGCCAGCAACAAGACACGACGCAACAGGAACAGACACAGCAGAAGGAGAAGGUAGAGGAUGAAGAUUGGGCCAAAGCGUUCGAAGCGGAUAGGAAGCAGCAGGACGAAGCGUCGGAUAGCUACAACAAACAGUUCUGGGAACGGCUGCAGGACGAGUGGCGCACACUGUCGGAGAGUGAUAAUCCGCACCCGUGGCUCUCGGAGUUUAGCGAUUUUUACGAUCCCUACAGAGAGUACAAAUUCGACGAGGAGAACCCGAUGGCCGAUGUGGAGAAUGCGUUCGAGAAGGGUAAAGCUUUCUUGGCGCAAGGCGACAUUCCGAGUGCGGUGCUCUGUUUUGAGUCGGCCGUAAAGCAGGAUCCGGAGAAUCCGGAAAUCUGGGAGCUGCUCGGAUUCUCGCAGGCCGAAAACGAGAAGGAUCCGAAUGCGAUCGCAGCACUGAACAAAGCGCUAUCGUUCAAUCCGAACAAUGGGCCCGUCCUGAUGGCACUGGCCGUAUCCUACACGAACGAAAGCAUGCAAAACCAGGCGUUACGGGCGUUGGUACGUUGGUUAAAGUGUAAUCCAAAGUACGAGCAGCUAGUGCCUCCGGACAUGUCGCAGUUGCAGGAGUCGCCCCUCGCAAGCUCACUCAUGGGAAGUCCGGGAUUGCGGGAGGUACAGGAUCUGUACAUUGCGGCGGUACAACAAUCGCCGACCGAGAUCGAUGCCGACAUCCAGGAAGCACUGGGCGUACUGUUUAAUCUGUCCUCCGAGUAUGAUAAGGCGGUGGAUUGCUUCAGGGCUGCGGUGCAGGUACGGCCGGAAAACUCGAAAACCUGGAAUCGCCUCGGUGCCAGCCUCGCGAAUGGCAAUCGGACGGUGGAAGCGGUCGAAGCGUACCAGCGUGCACUCGGCAUUCAGCCCGGGUUCAUACGGGCCCGCUACAAUGUCGGUAUCAUCUGCAUCAAUCUGAAGGCGUACAAGGAAGCGGCCGAGCAUUUGCUGACCGCACUCAACCAUCAGGCCACCUCGAUAGCCCGUUCCGGGUUGAACGUUUCAUCGCCAGCGAAUCAAAUGUCCAGCACGAUAUGGACCACGUUACGGAUGGUGGUAUCGCUGAUGGGACGGCAGGACCUGCAACCGGCCAUCGACAACCGAGAUUUAGAUGCGCUCAAUCGAGAGUUUCCCAUGAGCAACGAUUAACGGAAGGUGCAGAUCGGGUGGACUACGGUGGUUUUACGAUUGAGAUACGCCGUUGUGCAGCGAUUUGUUUUGAUUUAAUAGGACAAAUUUACUCGACAGGUAGACAGGAGGGUCGUGGGUUCGGGAUUAUCAACGACUGGGGUACACUUCUUUUUUUAUAGAGUUAGCGUGGUUCCCGGGGGGAAGCGCUGCGAUUGUGUUAGGACGGGCUUAGCGUAGCAAAAGGCAGCUUAUUCUAGCCAAGUGGAAUUUGUUAAACAAAACGUACCUUAAAUGAUUGAAAGCAUUCGAUUACGCUGGUGGGAAAAGUGUCGCUGGAUGCGUGUGUACGGGUGAAGCGGGCGUGUUUGUAGCCGAAGGCAACGAAAGAUAAAUAUAACGGUGCAAUAACAUA